AUGGUACUCAAGUACGCAAUCCUUGCUUUGACUACCCUCCCGGGAGGAUUGGGUGAUGGUAUCAGGCAACUCGGAUCGCAGCAGGACGAUGCUGCAUCGAAUGCUUGCAACAGGCUGAAGGACGCAUACCCCGAGUACUACACGUUCAGUGCCUGGCUUGGCCUGGCCUGUGUCUUUGAGCCCUCGAAUAGCACCCAGAUGAGCGAGGCUGUACAGAUACUCAAAGAGGCCAAGUCUCCUUUCGCUAUCAGGGGCGGUGGACAUAUGCCAAUCGCUAAUGCAGCAAAUAUCAAUUCGUCCGGUGUUAGCUUUGGUCUUUCUCAGCUAAGUCUCUCUGAGGACCAUCCCACAGUCAAUCCGUCGGUGGCCGACUUGGUCAUGUCGGCGUUCCUGGGUAUAUCAUUGGUGGCGGUGUUUCCUACCUCAGCAACGAGCGGCUGUGAUCCCGAUGGCGGAGUAUACACGGCUCUAGGAAAGGCACGUUACAGCGCGAUCCUCUUUUAUAAUGGCGAAAACACGAGUCCGGGCGCGUUGAAGAGCUUCCUUGGCGCUGAUUUGAAUGCCGCCAUCAAGACCUUCUUCAGCCGCUCUAUGAGUAAGUGGUGCAAGGAGCUUGAUCCAGCGCUGUCGCUGCUUAAGGGCCGCAAGCAGCGCUUCUAUGUGCUGAACAUACACGCUUUCAACAGACAGGCAAUCUCGCUCAUUCAUGACACCUUUACGAGGCGGGUUACCGAGAAAUUUAUUACCACCUCUACUGUCAACGGUGGAGACCCACAGAGCCUGGAUAUCAACGGUACCCCAUACCUCUGGGUGGAGGAGAGCAUCACCUCCGCUGAGAUCGUCAGCGAUAAAGACGUCGGUGCAUUCUAUAAAAUAGUCAAUGGUCAAAUUGUCGAUAACCACCAGGCCGCCGGGAUCGAAAUGGCCAGAUUUAUUUAUUUGAAUGAUGCUAAUCCUUCUCAAGAUGCAUUCGGCACUUUUCCCCCGGAGAACCUUGCGCGACUCAAGAGCAUCAGAACGAAAUAUGACCCCGACAGGGUAUUUACCGAUCUCAUGCCGGGAGGAUUCAAAGUUGUGAGACCCAGUGAAACGCGCCCAGGAGAGCCUUGUGUAAAUCAAAUAUCAAUAAUCUGUGCUGAGAAAGGAAUCUUGUUGGCGUUAGUUUGA